ACUUGUCUUAUUCUCCGAGGAAACAAGUUGUUACUAAAACCAUGAAAUUUUUCGCUAUUUUUCUACUUUGUGCCCUCGCCCUUUGCCAGACAGGGGCUAAUAUUGACAAAACCUGUUCUCCUAGGGACACUCUGACAUCUGCCUUCUCAGACGCAUCCUUUUGGGCAGGUGUGAGUGGAGGCAAACUUAUUUACGAACUGACCGACCAAAAUCAUGACACCUUUAUUCAAGAGAAUCCAAAAGUAUUUGUCAUGUACUAUCAUCCUGGGUGUGGAUUUUGUCAACAGUGCAAGAAGGAUUAUGCAGGCGCGGCCAAAAAAUUGAAUAUUAAAGGAGCUAAAAUUGUAGCAGCGGUGGAUUGCAGUUCUAAGAAUUCUUCUGUGGUUGAUCAAAAGAUUCGAGGUUAUCCGACUUUUCUUCUGUACAAGGAUGGAGAGGAAUCUGAGAAGCAAUAUAGUGGGGACCGGUCAACGGCUUCGUUUGUCAAGUUUGUGAAUCAAAAUUAAAUUGAUGGAUUCUACAGGACGGGUUUAGUUGGGGUUUCUAAAUUGUGUUUAAUUGGCAAUAAAAUAAUUUGGAACAUAG